CUACAAUUUGCUAGGGAUAAAUCCUUCUAUCUUUUUCAAGAUAGGUUCUUAUUUUUCUACCCUUUAUUUUGGUUGUUUUCUUUUACUUACCAUUUUUUUACUCUAAUAAAAGUAAGAACACUAUUCUGAAAAAAUUAUAAUACUUAUAUCUAUACAUAGUUGACAAAAAGAAACUUAUAUGUAUAGUUAAUUUAGUGCCAGGAAAAGAAAAUUCUGAAAAAUGAAAUAUCUAAAAUAAACUGUUUUAAAGAAUGCAAAUUAAAUUUCAUCUUUGAAUCAACACGCGUAAAAUUUGAGCUGUGGUAUGUUUAUCAAUGUUUCAGUCUCAAAACAUAAUUUGACUAUUUUUUUAAUAAAAAUAUUUAUAUAUAAAUCACUCUAUAACAAGUUUAAUUUAAAAACAUAAAAUUACAAAAUCAAUUUCAUUUGUCAUCAAUUCUGCACCCUCUAACUAUAAUCUAGAGAAACACUUACUUUUAUUACUAUGUACUAAUAAUCUAAACAAACCUGAGUUCGAAGUUAAAACACGUAUCCGAUGUAAGGCACAAGUUGUCAUCCACAUGUAAUCAUCACGACCAAUCACGAAGCAAAGAGAAGCUUACAACACCUGCCACGUGUCAAGUUGCAAUUAACGUUCAAAGAUUUCAUUGGAUGAGAUUCUAUCACACUCCAUCCAACUUAUAACUCUUUCUCUUGUUGUCUUGCACACUUCUUAGUCCUCAACCUCAAGUUCAAACCUUUGCUUCUUCCUCCACAAGCCCAUCAAAAUUAUGGCAGCAGAAAUGGCUCUUGUGAAACCCAUUUCCAAAUUCAGCAAUGUGACACCCAAAUUUGGCACACCCAGAAUGGGUUCAUACUCCAAAUUCAGCAUCAUAAGAAUGUCUGCUAGCCCAACCACCACCACUACUUCAACCUCCACAAAGCCAAGCAAGAAGGGGAACAAAACCUCCAUCAAAGAGACCCUUUUGACACCAAGGUUCUACACCACUGAUUUUGAUGAGAUGGAGACCCUUUUCAACACUGAGAUCAACAAGAACCUCAAGCAGGCUGAGUUUGAAGCACUGCUUCAGGAGUUCAAAACUGAUUACAACCAGACACACUUCGUGAGGAACAAGGAGUUCAAGGAAGCUGCUGACAAAAUUGAAGGCCCUCUAAGACAGAUCUUUGUUGAGUUCCUUGAGAGGUCUUGCACUGCUGAAUUCUCUGGCUUCCUUCUCUACAAAGAGCUUGGAAGGAGGCUCAAGAAAACCAACCCUGUGGUGGCUGAGAUUUUCUCUCUGAUGUCUAGGGAUGAGGCUAGGCAUGCUGGGUUUCUGAACAAGGGUUUAUCUGAUUUCAAUUUGGCUUUGGACUUGGGUUUUCUGACAAAAGCUAGAAAAUACACAUUUUUCAAGCCCAAAUUUAUCUUCUAUGCUACAUAUUUGUCUGAGAAAAUUGGAUACUGGAGAUACAUUACCAUAUAUAGACAUCUCAAGGCUAACCCCGAGUACCAAUGUUAUCCCAUUUUUAAGUACUUUGAGAACUGGUGCCAAGAUGAGAAUAGGCAUGGAGACUUCUUCUCUGCCCUGAUGAAGGCACAGCCACAAUUUCUAAAUGACUGGAAGGCUAAGCUGUGGGCUCGAUUCUUCUGUCUAUCGGUUUACGUCACAAUGUAUCUCAAUGAUUGCCAACGCACAGCUUUCUAUGAAGGCAUUGGACUUGACACGAAAGAGUUUGACAUGCAUGUCAUAAUUGAGACAAACCGCACAACUGCUCGGAUUUUCCCAGCUGUUCUUGAUGUCGAGAACCCAGAGUUCAAGCAGAGGUUGGACCGGAUGGUGGAGAUAAACGAGAAGAUUCUUGCUGUUGGUGAGAGCAAUGACAUGGCAUUGGUGAAGAACUUAAAGAGGAUCCCACUGGUUGCUGCCUUGGUGUCUGAACUCUUGGCUACAUAUCUAAUGCCACCAAUUGAAUCAGGAUCAGUAGAUUUGGCAGAGUUUGAACCACAGCUUGUGUACUGAAGUUGUGUAUAAAUUCCUCAUAUCCUUUCGAUCUCCAUCAUAAUGUUCAUCUUGAGUACUACUAGUAUUGCUGCCAAAGUAAAACAAGGUUGUACAAGUCAGUGAGGAAACAUUUACCAUGAUGAGGUCCUUUUUAGUUUUAAUCAUCUCUCUUGUAUCUCCUUUUAUUAGUAUUUUUAGAAGUACAUUAGAAGUCUUAACCUUAUGAGUUACUUAUCAAGAAACGAUUCUUUCCUCA